AUGGGAGACAAGCCAAUUUGGGAGCAGAUUGGAUUCAGCUUUAUUCAGCGUUACGAUCAGUUAUUUACUAACGACCGAAUCCAACUAGGCGCAAUUUACACUGAUGCAUCAUACCUUAGGUGGGAAGGACAACAGUUCCAGGGGAAAGCUGCCAUUGUGGAGAUGUUAUCUAGCAUUCCGUUCCAGAAAAUUCAGCAUAGUAUCACGGCGCAGGACCAUCAGCCUAUACCAGAUAGCUGCAUCAUCAGCAUGGUUGUAGGCCAGCUCAAGGACGAGGAAGAAUUGGCGCCCACGUUUAGAACUCUUUUCUGUGGCACUGGGACCUGGACCUGGAGCCUUAUGCAAGCCAGCGGUGCAGAAACAGUAGAUGCUUGGACAGAGGGGCAGUUGGAAGAGUUAUGGCAUGUAAACCCAUCUAACAACAUCUAUGACUCCUUCAUUUGA